CAGCGCUGCCUGGGGCCCGGCGCUCGGCGCUGGAGCGCCCCCCCCGCGGGGAGCCCCGGAGCCGGGCCCGGCGCGCCGGAGAUCCCCUCCCAGCCACAUGCCUCUGCAGCCCCAGCCUCCUCCCCGCGCCGCCGGCAGCCCCGCGCCCAGCCCCGCGCCCCUGCGCCGCCGGAGCCGGCCUGGCCACAGGAUGAUCGCCGCCUCCGCUGCCGGGAAGGGGCCGGAGGGCAGGUACCCGCUGCACCGCCUGGUCUGGCACAACCGAGCCCGCGAGCUGGACCGGGAGCUCAGCACCCAGCAGGUGGACAUUGAGCAGCUGGACCCACGGGGCCGCACGCCCCUGCACCUCGCCACCACGCUGGGCCACCUGGACUGUGCCAGGGUCCUGCUCCAGCACGGAGCCGACGUGGGCAAGGAGAACCGCAGCGGCUGGACAGUGCUCCAAGAGGCGGUGAGCACCCGCGACCUGGCGCUGGUGCAGCUGGUCCUGCGGUACCGCGACUAUCAGCGAGCCGUCAAGCGCCUGGCUGGGAUCCCCAUCCUGCUGGAGAAGCUGCGCAAGGCCCAGGAUUUCUACGUGGAGAUGAAAUGGGAAUUCACCAGCUGGGUGCCCUUGGUCUCCAAGAUCUGCCCCAGUGACACCUACAAGGUGUGGAAGAGCGGCCAGAACCUGCGUGUGGACACGACGCUGCUCGGCUUCGACCACAUGACCUGGCAGCGGGGAAACCGCAGCUUCGUCUUCCGGGGACAAGACACCAGCGCGGUGGUGCUGGAGAUCGACCACGACCGGCAGGUGGUGUACUCCGAGACGCUGGCACUGGCCAGCCACGACCGCGAGGGUCUGCUGGCUGCUGUGCAGCCCACCGAGGAGCAGGUGAUGGGCCGGCUCACCGCGCCCGUCGUCACCACGCAGCUGGACACCAAGAACAUCGCCUUCGAGAGGAACAAGACGGGGCUCCUAGGCUGGCGGAGCGAGAAGACGGAGGUGGUGAACGGGUACGAGGCCAAGGUUUACGGCGCGUCCAACGUGGAGCUGAUCACGCGGACGCGGACGGAGCACCUCUCCGACCAGCACAAGGGGAAGCCCAAAGGCAGCAAGACCCCACUGCAGUCCUUCCUGGGGAUCGCCGAGCAGCACGUGGGGCCCAGCAAUGGGACGCUGAUCACACAGACCCGGAGCCACACCAACCCCACGGCCAUCACCCCCGAGGAGUACUUCAACCCCAGCUUCGAGCUGGGCAGCAGAGACAUGGGGCGCCCCAUGGAGCUCACCACCAAGACGCAGAAGUUCAAGGCCAAGCUGUGGCUGUGUGAGGAUCACCCACUGUCCCUGUGCGAGCAGGUGGCGCCGAUCAUCGACCUCAUGGCCAUAAGCAACGCGCUCUUCGCCAAGCUCCGGGAUUUCAUCACGCUCCGCCUGCCGCCCGGCUUCCCCGUCAAGAUAGAAAUUCCCAUCUUCCACAUCCUCAACGCCCGCAUCACCUUCGGGAACCUCAACGGCUGCGACGAGCCCGUCAGCUCCGUGCGCCGCAGCUCCGGCAGCGAGGCGCCUUCGCCCAGCAGCGACUCCUCCAGCGUCAGCAGCUCCAGCUCCCUGGCCUCCUGCCGGGCUUGUGAGAUGGACCCGUCCCUGUUCGAGGCCCCGCCUGGGUACAGCGUGCGGGGCAGCCAGCGGGACGCCAUGCGCGAGGAGGACGACGACCUGCUGCAGUUCGCCAUCCAACAGAGCCUGCUGGAGGCUGGCACAGAGUACGACCAGGUGACCAUCUGGGAAGCUUUGACCAACAGCAAGCCGGGCACGCACCCCUUGUCCCAGGAGGGCCGGCGAGGAGACAGGACACCCCAGCACACGCCUCCCCCCCGGCAGGCCAGCCCCCAGCAGCAGGGCGGGGGCAGCGGCGGGCCCAGCCCCCUGUUCCACAGCUACGACGAGCAGCUGCGCCUGGCCAUGGAGCUGUCGGCGCGGGAGCAGGCGGAGGCGGAGCGGCGCACGCGGCAGGAGGAGGAGGAGCUGCGGCGCAUCCUGCAGCUCUCACUGACCGAGCAGUAGCCCAGCACCUGCGACGGGCCCCGCAGCUGCUGCCCAGCUCAUGCUGAGCUGGGGUGGGUGCGGCCGCCGCUGGGCAGUGGCGUUCCCUGAGCCAGCAGUGCCCACGUGAGCAGAGAGGUGCCAGCGCUGGCCCGCCGCAGGUGCCAUCGCACUGAGCCAUUUAGAGACCAUGCCAAGAACACUGCCAGGGGGCGCAGGGGCUGGCCCGCCAUGAGGAGACGCUGCUGCACCAGAGGGCGCGAGGCAGGGUUUGGAGAAGGGGGAGAGGGCACCACGCCCAUAACCCUGCGGGGGAGGACGGGACGGGGCUGCGGUGGCAGGAGGUGACCUGCUGCGAGGCAGGGGGCACCUCCAGACCCAUUACUCCUGCCCAGUCCCAAUGGGCGGGUACUCACCAGCUACAGCCAGCUGCAAAAGCUGGGCUACUAGCAGGAGGCUGCGGGUCAGGAGUGAGGGGCACCAGCAGGGCCGGGGGGCCGGGAAGGGAGGGGGUAGCUAAGUGGUGUGGGGCCCAGAGGCAGGGCUGGAUGGGGUGAGCUGCGCAGGGCAGCAGGGACGCUAGGAUCUGAUACCAGGAUCUGCUUCCCUCCCACUUCAUGGUGCCUGGACUGGGCCCCUUACCCUGCCCCUCCCCUCCCCCGGCAGCUGAGCCUCCUGCCCCCUGUGACCCACAGCAAGGGCAGGGCCCAGCUGCACACCCCCUCCACCCCACUAUGGGCUCACGGAUGCCCCCAAGUCUUCAGCAACCCAGGGACACUGCCCAGCUCCCCGGGGCUCUGGCACUGCCAGUGACACAUUCGCUCCCAUGGGGGGGGGUGCAGGGAGGCUGCUUGUGCCAGGCCCUGCCUUCCUGCCUCGCCCCAGGGCUGCCCCAGGAGCUGGGCUGGGGACCCAGCAGUGCCAGAGCUGGGGGGGGCUGGCACCCAGGGAGCCCAUUGGGAGGUGGGCACAGGGCAGGUAACCUCUGCCCUCCCUGCUGAGCCCCCCUCCGCCUGUAGGCACCAGCCCCUUCUGCUGCCCUCUCAGCACGCGCCAGUCCCGGGCUCCGUGGCACCGAUACAGCAUCAAGUGCACUUAGCCAGGAGCCAGGCCGGGCCGGUGGGCUGCCGGCCCUUCGCCACUAACCACAGAGCCCCACCGGCCCGGCCCCGCCAGGGAGCAGCCCACCCCAGGGCUGUGCCCAGAGCUGGCGCCCUCCCCGGCCCCGUGGGGGUGCUCCGCAGGCAGCCCCUUGCCAGCACACCUAGGGUGGGCACGUACCAAAGCAGGCUAGUGGGGGGAGGGGCAGCCCCCACCCCUGCCCAGGAGCCAUGCCCCAGAGGAAGCACUGACAGCCCAGCACGGCUGCCCCCCAGCCCCAGGAUCCAGCCAACGCCUGAACUAUGGGGAGUGGGGGCAGGUCUCUCUGCCUGGGCAGCGCCUGCCCCCAGGCCGGGGGUGGGGCUGUCUGCCAACUCCAUCAUUAGGACAGGCAGCCCCACUGCCCCCUGCCAGCGAGCCCUGUGGGGCGGGGAGUGGGGGCUGAGCCGGGAGCACCCCCUGAGCCCAGCCACAGGCUCCUGCUGCCAGGCCCAGGUCCCUCUCAGCCCGCCCGCUGCAGCCCCAUGGCCUGGGCUGAGGGGUCCCCUCGUGCCCCCCGCAGCGCACACACCUCACACAGGGCCCUAAACCCCAGAGAAACCUUACGUCAAAUGGUGCUAACCCCCGUGUCCCCCCCGCCCCCGAGAACACAGCAGCCCUGUGCCGAGACAGGGCCCAGGCCCUCCCCGCGCCAGGCUGGGGGCACUGGGCUUCGCUCGGUCUGCAGGGGGGCGGCCUGGUGAAGGCGGCUGGCAGGCCAUCCCCCGCCUGAGGGGACGCGCCGCCCGGCGAGCCGCCAUCACACGAACCCAGGGCAGCAGCGGGCACGUGGCUCGCUCCCAAAGCUGUGACGGGGCAGGGACCUUAAUCGCCCCCAACGCCCCCCCCCAACUGUACAGCAGGGGCUGGGGCGCGUGGGCAUGGCUGGGCGGGGGCCGGGCCCACGGGCUGCGAGCACGGUGGACACCAAUAAAAGUCUUUACAUUUGUCUCUUAGCAGAUGCU